AUGGAAGACCUCACGCAGAGUUGGAGCCGUCUGACUCUAACUGAUAGGGAGGGACCAGGAUGUAGUCUAACGGCUACUAACAGUUUAGAGGAAUUUUCCAUCCUAGCAAAGUUUUUCACGAAGAGAAAUCUAAGCAUUGAUGCCAUUGCACGAACCUUCAACCCAAUAUGGAGGGCUCGCAAUGGUUUCAAAAUCCAGAAUUAUGGAGAUCACAUGGUUUUAUUCACUUUCGAUAAUAAGAAUGAUGUUGAUCGAAUCAUAGCAAGUGAGCCAUGGAGUUUUGACAAACAUUUGGUGGCGAUGCAGAAAUACGACAAAGAAACGCCAAUAGAUGAGGUUAAAUUUGAAAGAGCAAGCUUUUGGGUUCAACUACAUGGUAUACCACCAAAAUACAUGACAAAGGAAGCGGCUUUGAAAAUCAGUGGAGUGAUUGGGGAAGUGACCAUUCCCAAAGAUUUCAAGGAAAUUGAUGGAGGGAAUUUUCUUCGACUACGGGUGAACAUAGAUUUAUCUUUACCUUUAUGUCGAGGCAGACUCAUUUCUUUAGAGAAUGGGAGGCAAGUUUGGAUCAGUUUCAAGUAUGAACGACUACCAAAUGUGUGCUAUUGGUACAGAUGUCUUACAUAUGAUGACAAGGAGUGUGGGAUAUGGAUUGAUAGUGAGGGAACCCUUAAGCCAGAGGACAGACAGUUCGGUCCAAGUUUAUGA